AUGACAACCGCUGUGUCCAAGCUCUCGACGAUUGUUGUCGGCCGAGCAUUUGAAGACCGUAGUCUCUCGCUACUCCAGUCCCGGUUAUCUAUGACCCUUACCCGAGUCGGUGGUCCGGGAGAUGGCGGUGUCGAUCUUCAAGGCUGGUGGUGGAUUCCUCGACAGGCCGCGAAACACGAUACAAACGACCAAAGGAGGGGAAUAAGAGUUAUUGCCUCAUGCAAAGCCCUCAAAUCUAAACUUGGCCCAGUACACCUCCGGGAGCUGGAAGGUGCGGCAUUGGUCCAGCAACAUUCUUUGGCAGAGACAUCAACUACCGGUAUACAUACGAGCGAGUUGGUAGCAGUCAUGAUCUCUCUGUCAGGAUUUACUCCGGCCUCGAUCAAGAAAGCCAUGGCAUCCCCUAUCCCAUUCCUUCUAAUGCACCUUCCUCCUCACGAGCCGCUGCCCAUACCUUCGACUAAACAAGACGAAGAGGCUACCCAAACUCAUUCGGCUCCUACAUCAUCCGAAAGUAGCUCAAGUUCAGACUCUAUAGGUUCCAUGAUAUGGAAUCCCAAACUUGGCGGUACAAACGGAUUACUUGGUGGAUGUAUGGAAGUUCGGUGGGCUCUGAGUCAACGACAGCGACAGGACGAAGCAGGGAGACCUGUAUUGUAUUGGAAGGGCAAAAAACUAGAGCACUGGGUUCCUGAGACUCAAGACGGAGAAAUUGGGAAGAGAUUCCUGGGAACCUGUUGA